GGCUGGCAUGGAAAAGGCCGAGCUGUACGAGGUGCUGAACCGACAGCUCGUGGAGCUCCAUGCGUCGCUCGACCAGAUGCAGAAGAACCUCCAGCGCACGACCGCCGUGAGCGCGCAGACGCACAGCAUGAGCCACGCCUUCCUCGGCAUCGUCCAGCCCAGCAAUCCGCUGAGUGAGAUCGGCGCCGAGAAGAAGCUCCGGACCAAGGCCGUCGCCUUCGAGUAAGCUGCUAAGAACACAGCCAUGGAGCACCUCGGCGCUCGUCAAGGCGAAAUGCGAGUCGACGCGGCGACCACGCCACCGAGACUGCAACCAAGGCAAUGUGGAUACCAGCCCAUGCAAUGCAACAGCGUUUUGGUUCAGCA